AUGGACCAAGCCGCUGAACAGCCUCGAAAAUGUCCUGGUCUCAAAUGUGAAAACGAUGCGUCAACGUUGCAAUGCCCCAAAUGCAAGGAAAUGGGUGUGGACAAUUUCUUCUGCUCACAAGAGUGCUUCAAGCGGAGCUGGGCAGAGCAUAAAACCCUGCACAAGAGUACGAACCCUCUCCGCAAUCUCUUUACUCCGAGUGUCGUUUCUAAAGUUGAUCCAGAAAGCGGUCAUUUCAACCCGUUUCCCACCUAUCCAUUUACCGGCUCUCUGAGACCAGUCUAUCCUCUAUCAGAGAAACGCGAAGUUCCUAAGUCGAUACCUCAUCCGGAAUGGUCACAGGAUGGCAUGCCAAGAUAUCCAUAUGUCAAGAAGAAUACAGUCCAAAUACUUGAUGCGAAGGGCAUAGCGGGAAUGCGUAAAGUCUGUAAGCUCUCAAGAGAAGUACUUGACGUUGCUGCGGCCGCAGUCAAGCCCGGUGUUACCACAGAUUAUAUCGACGAAGUUGUGCAUAAAGCUUGCAUAGAGCGAAAGGCAUACCCUUCGCCUCUGAACUACAAUCACUUCCCCAAGUCGGUCUGCACAUCGGUAAACGAAGUCAUCUGCCACGGAAUUCCAGACCAAAGAGUACUACAAGACGGGGACAUCUUGAAUAUUGAUGUUUCACUCUACCACGAAGGCUUCCAUGGUGACUUGAACGAAACGUACUAUGUUGGGGAUAAAUCUAAAGCUGACCCGGACAAUGUCCGCCUGGUUGAGACGACCCGCCAGUGUCUGGAUAAAGCGAUCGAGCAUGUAAAGCCAGGAGUUAAGAUUGGUGAUUUCGGCGACAUCAUUGAGAAACACGCCAAGUCUCAGCAACUCAGUGUUGUGAAAACGUACUGUGGUCACGGCAUCAACCAACUCUUCCACUGUGCGCCUAAUGUGCCACACUAUGCCAAGAAUAAGGCGGUUGGCAAGUGUAAACCAGGAAUGACUUUUACAAUCGAGCCCAUGAUCUGCCUGGGUACGUACAAGGACAAAACCUGGCCGGAUGACUGGACAGCGGUGACGGCGGAUGGAACCCGGUCCGCACAGUUUGAGCAUACACUCCUUGUCACCGAAGAUGGUGUCGAGGUUCUAACCGCGAGGUUCCCAACUUCGCCAGGCGGUCCGAUAGAAAUACCCACCGCAGCGAAUGGAGAAGCUACAAAUGGGGCAGUCAAGAACGGAGAAGCGAAGUCCUAA